AUGGUAGUCAUGGCGAAUACGGAGAAUACUGCGGAGAACAUUGCGGAGACAGUCAUCAGCAGCAGUGACACAACAGGCCUACUCUCCACGAUCUCACACCAAUCCACUCAGCCAGUGCAAGAGAAGUCAAUACAGCAGGCGAAUGCGGAGAACACUGCGGAGAAACCAAGCGGCAACAAGGCCCCCAGCACCAAGAACACGGCUCAGCUCUCCAAGAUCCCACAGGAGGAACUACAACAGGCAAAUGCGGAGAACACUGCGGAGAACACUGCGGAGAACACUGCGGAGAAACCAAGCGGCAACAAGGCCACCAUCGUCAAGAACACGGCUCAGCUCUCCAAGAUCCCACGUCAUAUCAGUCAUCCACUCAAGGAGGAGCAAGAGAAGGAACUACAACAGGCAAAUGCGGAGAACACUGCGGAGAAACCAAGCGGCAACAAGGCUACCAUCGUCAAAAACACGGCUCAGCUCUCCAAGAUCCCACGUCACAUGCUCUCCACGGUUCCACAUCAAAUCAUCACUCAGCAAGCGGAGAACACCACUACAACUUGGCCUAUUAUCCCCACUGCAUUAAGGAGCAAGAGGAGAAACUACAAUAACGUCACAAGAGAAGGAUCUACUACGACGAUCACAGCCAAUUAG